CUUAACUAUUCAGCUGCAUGCGGAGGAGAAGUCCCACCCUAGCUUGGGAACCAGACAAACCUGUAAGCUCAGUUUUUUUUCAGCUCUGGUAGACACAUCUUGUACACUUCAUGCCCAAACAGGUUUCAAGUUGAUUUUGUCACGGUUAAUACUGCAGGCAGGUGAACCCAAAUGCAAAAGCAGCCACAUGGCAACAGGGUCUUGAAGAAAAUACUCAUUUAUCACCAGAUUCUGGGAACAGGCAGACGAAGGGAAAACACAACUGGCUGGCUUGAAACACGAGGAGCAAAAACAAAUGUGGAACGCCAGUAACUGACAAGGAACCAGCUGGAGUAGGUGGGACCGGCACAAGGAGUCAAAGACAAGGGAGAGUGAGAACAGGGACCCAGCGUUCAUCAGUCAGCUACUGACAGAUAUGGCGACCAUCAUGAUGGAGAAAAUCGGGCGAGUGUUCAUCACCCUGCAGCAGAUCAGGGAGGUUCCCCGGAUGCUGACUGAGGCUGCACCCUCCAUGCCUGGCACCGUAAGAGACAUCGAUGUUCCCUACUACUUCAGGGAGAGCUACAUCGGCACCGGCUACAGACCACUCAACGAGAACUGGCGCUACUACUUCCUGUCUUUAUUCCAGCGCCACAAUGAGACCAUCAACGUCUGGACUCACCUGCUGGCGUUUUUAUUUUUCCUGGCUAGAUUGGGGCAACUUGCCAAGACUAUAGACUUUGUUAAUGAUCCUCAUUCGUGGCCCCUGUUGAUCCUUAUCCUGUCCUCCUUGACCUACUCGGCAUGCAGUGUAAUCGCUCACCUGCUGGGUGGAAAGUCUGAGCUGUGUCACUACACCUUCUUCUAUCUGGACUAUGUAGGAGUAGCACAGUAUCAGUACGGCAGUGCUGUAGUUCACUUUUACUAUGCUGUGAGUGAGGGCUUGCACAGAUACAUGCAUGGGAUCUUCAUGCCCACUGCUGCCAUCCUCAGCUGUCUGUCAUGUCUGGGAUGCUGCUAUGGCAAGUACUGCAGCUGCAGCGUACCACCAUUGGGGCGUAAGGCAUUUCAAGUGGUGCCCUCAGCGCUCGCCUUUAUCUGGGAUAGUACUCCUGUGGCUGGAAGACUCAUGUCAUGGUCUACAGCCAGCGAUGACCCAGCCCUUAUUUAUCACUUUGGCCAAGUGGCGUUCUUUCUCAGCUGCACCUUCUUCUUCACCUUCCCUCUGCUGGAGCGCUGCCUCCCAGGGCGGUGUGAUUUUGUUGGACAGAGCCAUCAGGUGUUCCAUGUUUUACUAACUUGCUGCACCCUGUGUCAGAUCCAUGUCUAUCACCUCGACUACAUGGAUCGUAGGAAGCUGUACUCACGCCUGCAUAGGAGCAGUGAUGCCGCUUUCUUUGUGCAGCUGUAUGUGGUCACUGUGGUUGUAUGCGCGCUGAUUGCUGCCUUCAUGCUAAGGAGAGCUAAGCGAGGGCUUGACUGCAAAGCCAAGUCCAAAUGAUAGAUUGACACAGAUUAACCUGUCUCUGUCCAAAGCUAGAAAAAUCCACCAACAAGCACCUCAGAAACUCAUUGAUUGACAUGUUGUACUGUGUGUUAUUGGUUAAAUUUGCACACAGUGACAAGUUGUUUUGUGGGGUUUUACAUGCCAAGACAUGACCAAGAAAUAGUACGGCAUAUAACCUCCCAUAAAACCCCUACUUGGUGUCGUCACACCACAAAGUCACAUCGACUUGUCCAUGUGAAAUAGGUGCUGGUGGUGAUUCAGUGACUACUUGCAAGGCUAGCUGGUGAACUGCUGUAGGUCACAAGCUAGCCACCAACAUGUCAGCUGGCUGGGUCAGCACUAGUCAACCUCUGGAGCCCCUCUGUUUUCUCUCUUCUGUUCUGUUUACUUUCCCCUUACAUUUUGUUCACUAUCGCACACCAUUUUGUUCAAUGAAGAGUCAUUCAAGAGGGAAACUAAAGCUCUUCAAGAUAGCGAGCUUACUAACGGUCACUUAGCUUGCUCCAUUCUGGACUGUACAGCCUUCCAUUCCCUAAGAGGUCAGCACUGUCAGUACUUCUCGCUGUUGUUCAACGGCAUGAAUCUGUGCAUCAUAGUUCACCUGUUCAGCUGAACUCUGCGCAGAACAUUUGCAUCGAUUAAUUUAACUCUUUCAGGUGAAUCCUCCAAUUGCAGACAUUCUAUUGAAAUUGAUUCUGCCACAACUUUUGCCGUUUUUAAUUAUGUUGUGUCCAGGUCUUUAGACUUCAGCUUUAGUUCUGAUUAAAUAAGAUAUAACAUGUUAAACGAGCUAGCUGUAUGGAUGCAUGGAGCCAGCAUGGAUGUAUUAAGAGCCGUUCAUUCCUGAACGUUGCUCAGUGACACAUGAAGCCAAAAAUGCUCUUCUUCCGUGGUAAGUAAUUACUCUGAUGAAGCGCUGCUUCUGCAUCAUUGGACUCAUGACAGAGCAAGCAUGCUCGAGACUUCCGCUGGCCAAGCUGGCUACUUCCAGUUUAGCACGCCACUAACUUUAAUGGGAUAAAAUUAUUUGAUCUUGCGGCACUUCUAGACUUUGUGUUUUUUGACCAAAUGGAUUAAAUCCUGCUCAAAAAAUAUAAAUGUAUGUAUGUAAAGGCAAAAAACACCAAAAAGUAGCUUCAAAGCUUCAAAGCCCGAUGCACUUCCUUGGGGCCUGGCUCAUACUCUUCAUGCUAAGCUAAACUAAGCUUAGCACAAAGUGAAUUUUGUAAUGUGCUGGGUCAACGUGUAAAAACAUGGGCCUGUGUGUCCAAAAAUGUAGUUACUGAAGACCAGAUACGAGGAUAAGGAUGUUAUAUGAAUAAACGUGCCUUGUCUUGUCUUGCCUUGUAAAAGAAACAGGUACCUACAUAUUGUAAUUUUCAGGGAUAUGCCAUCCUGAAAUGUUCAAGGUUGACUCCACCCUAAACAUACACAUCAUUUUACAUUUCGUGAGAGGUACUAUUCAGCUUGUGAAAACACGUUAUGAUAUCCUCAGGGUUGUUUCAGGUCUCAUCGGUCUAUAUGUGCCGUUUUGAGGUCCAGGCAGCACUGGCUGCUGGCAACCUAUUGUUCUUGAGGGGUUCAAACCCAAAGGGCCGAAGCUGUAUUGUUUCUGUGUGAAUUUAUUUAUUAAUGUUUCUUAAGUAAUGCUUUGCAAAUUCCUUUCAGGUGGUACAAUGUAGAAACAUUUAGUUUUAAUCAAUGAUUGGACCUGGGCGUGGCUUAUUACAAUAAAUCUAAAUUUCCAGACAUUUCACAUUCCAAAUGAAAAAAAAAAAUCAAAAUAAAAUUUUGAAAUUUGUUUAGCACAUUCACUGAACUUUGACAAAGUAUGAUAUGAGGUUUUAAUUUUAGACUUUUAUCACCAAUGCUUGUGUCAGUGACUGUUUGACUGUUGUAAGUGCUUUAAACCUAAAAUGACAAAAAAAAAAAUCCCCCGUUUUGUACAUAUGACAUCAUUGCAACAAGUUUUGAGAAGGUGUAGAAAACCAUGUUUUCCUGGUGGUGCAGUUAGAGCUCAUCUACUCUGUGGAUGUAGAGGUUUCAAGGUUCAGUUCCCCAGGUAGGCGGGUACUUUACUUUGUGAACAUUGAAAUACACUUGAUAAACGCAGGUUGAUGUGUGAUGUUUUUCAGGGUCGUAUACCCAACAGUCACAUUGUUGUUACUCUCUCUGCCUCCUGCUUCUGAGGCUGGUUUGUCUUCCUGGCCUCAGAGCCGCUGGGCAGGGUUGAAGAUUUUGUCAGGAAACUAUACCUGCACUGGUAGAUCUCCUGUUUCUGCCCAUCUGUUGUGAUGUGUUACUUUAUCAAUUUCCAACUAAUCGUCCUAAUCUUCUGUGACGAAUCUUAUUUUAAUGCAAAGGUUAAGUGUUCAAAUCACAAUUUUGCCAUCUUGCAGGUGCAUUUUUCACAAUAACUUUCAACACUUUGAACAUAGUAGCACUAUUUGUUUAUGAAUCAAUAGAAAUGAGAUCUGUUGUCACAUGAAACAUAUUUGCGCACAAGCUCAUAGGCCACAUGGAGUGUUUCUGUUGAAAAUGAAACAAGGAUUCAAAUGCUUGUAAUGUGCUUGGACCUUGAUAAAUGUCGCUUGUGGCUUCAAUUCAUGUCAUUUUAAUUGCAUAAAAAUGAUCUAUACACCUCAAUAUAACUCUACUUGAUAAUUCAUGUAUCUGUAUGCUUUAUUUUUUAAAACUGAUUUAUGUUUACAUUAAAUUUCUUUAAAAACCUAA